AUGGCAGAAUCUGUCGACAGGGUUAAACGAAAGCUGGAAAUACUUUCCUUACUUCCCAAUGAGAUCACCUUAUCACUAGAUUUUGUAUCAAAGAAUCGAUUUAAAACAUUCCAAGAUCCACUGGUCUGUAUUACGUAUCUUACAGAAGUACCAGACAAAGAAAUUUUUAUUAUCAUACCGAACAUAUUUGCGGAAAAUGUAGUGCCGAUAAUUCAUAAUCUUACACAAAUUAAAUUAAUCUGUAUAUAUAAAACAAACAUUCUAACCGAUAAUAAAAAGGAUAAAGAACUAACAGAAAAGUAUGUUAAAAUAUCGGGAAUAUUUAACGAUAAACAACAGCUUAUUAAUACAUUAUUAGCUAGCCUGAAAAUACUUUCAGCAUAUGAACUAUCAUAUACAGCACUGGAGUCAUUAUCAAAUACGGCAUCACCGUUGCAUUGUGAUAAUGAAGAAUGGUGUACAACAUUAUUUUCAAGCUUAAGAAUAGACGAUAGUAAAAAUUUAUCAUUAAAAACGUUAAACAAAGAACAAAGUCGUUUUAUUUGGUUUCAGUUCUUAGUCGAUUCAUUACGGCGAGCUCCAUCACAAACAACAGACAACGAGAUCAAUAAUUAUAGAAAAAUGACAGAAAUAUGUCGAUUACAAUUUAAAGAUAAUAAUCAAGAACUAAAAGCUAUUGAUGAAUUUGAAAAAACUUAUACAUCACAUCCGCCAAUCUGGUGGUACACACACAAAAUGCAUUUUCUUCGUUUUUCGUUGAAUCGAGCACUUUGUUCACACGACAUCGGUACUAUAUUUCAAUUUCGUUAUUUUAUUGUUGACCUCUAUAAUCAGUUGCUCGAACUAAGUUCCUCGACGUCUGUUAGUCUUACAACUUCACAAACUGUUUAUCAAGUACAGACAAUGAGUUAUAACGAACUGGCACGAUUAAAACUAAAUACAAAUGCAUUAAUAUCGAUGAAUACGUUCAUAUCUACUUUUACUUCGUAUAAAGUUGCUCUGUCACAUAUUUCAGAAGAUGUUAAAUUCAAUAAAGAGACUAUUCUGUUUGAAAUAGAAAUUGGUGCUAUUCUGAGUCAUCGUGAACCAUUUGCAUAUAUUCAAGAUGUUAGUUAUUUAAAACAAGAAGAUGAAAUGUUAUUUUUAAUGGGUACAGUAUUUCGAUUAGAAUCAAUUGAACAAUUAGUCAAUAAAAUUUGGCGUAUUAGAUUGAAACUAACCGAAAACGAAUUGAAUGAAUCACAAUUGUUACUUGUUCAUUAUAAAAGGGAAUUUGGUGAAAGAGUAACAAUAACCACUUUAGGCAUGUUUUGGACAGAAGCUGGACGAUAUACUCGAGCUUUAGAUUAUUACAAGAUAUUAUUAAAUGAGUAUUCUUCAUCUGACAGUGUUAAAAUUGCACUUUAUAAUAAUAUGGUACUCAUUUAUGAGCAACAGGAUAAGUUUACAGUUGCAGAAGACUAUUAUGAAAAAGCAUUAAAAUUAAUAGCUGAUCGUUCUUUACCGUCAUCGCCUGACCCCGAUAAACAACCUGAAAAAUCUGAUAUCAUUUUGAUACAGCCUAAAAGAAAGAAAUCUUCUUCAUCAGUAACGUACUAUAAUUUUGGUUGUGUAAUGUUUAAACAAGGAAAUUAUGAAGAAGCUUUCAAAAAUUUUCAAAAAGCUUUUGAUGAGCUUGCUAAAUGUCCCAAUACUAAAUGUGAUACUAUGGAAAAAGCUGAUAUUUAUAACAAUAUUGGGUGUAUACACUAUAGAAGACUGAAGUAUGAUGAAGCACUGGAAAAUUUUCGACAAGCAUAUAAAAUUGCAUUAAAAAUUUCAUCACCAUUAACAACGGAAUACCUCAAUAAUAUAUUAGCCACAUGUCGAAUUCGUGAUGAGUAA